AAACUAAGGGAACUAAUAAACCUUAUCAUGGUGGCUGGUUACAAUGAUGGGAAGAAGUCAAAAAAUAGAGAAGAGAUUGCUGAGAUUGAAAAGAUGCAUGCUCUCAUUAAGGAGUACAACUUGAAUGGUCAAUUUCGAUGGAUAUCUUCCCAAACUAACCGAGCACGUCAUGGUGAGCUAUAUCGUUACAUUGCAGAUACUGGAGGUGACAGUGUCACUUUGGAGUUGGAAAUGCAGUGGGAUGGAAAUCCAAGUAUAAUACUUGCCAUUAAUACUUUACUUGGUGUAUCACUACCUGUGCAGGUGAAAGACAUUGGAUUCACUGGGGUAUUCAGGCUUAUAUUUAAGCCUCUGGUUGACCAGUUCCCAUGCUUUGGAGCUGUUAGCUUUUCCUGCUUUAUACCUGGACUCCAAGAUCAACUUGAGGGGACUAUACGCGAUGCCAUUGAAGAUUCGAUUACAUGGCCUGUUCGAAAAGUUAUUACCAUUUUGCCUGGGGAUUACAGUGAUCUGGAGUUAAAGACAGUUGGCAUACUAGAGGUGAAGCUUGUGCAGGCAAAGGAGUUGACAAAUAAGGACGUUGUUGGAAAAUCAGACCCGUACGCCUUGUUGUAUGUUCGACCUUUAAAAGACAGAAUGAGGAAAAGCAGAACUAUUAACAAUGAUUUGAGUCCAAUCUGGAAUGAACACUUUGAAUUUGUUGUUGAAGAUGAAUCCACUCAACAUUUAGUGGUUAAAAUUUUUGACGAUGAGGCAUCCGAGCUCAUUGGGUGUGCUCAGGUACAAUUAAGCGAACUUCAGCCGGGUAAAGUGAAGGAUGUAUGGUUGACACUGGUUAAAAGUUUGGAAGUCCAAAGAGAUAAUAAAAAACGUGGGCAGGUGCAUUUGGAGCUGCUAUAUGUUCCAUAUGGCAUGGACAAUGGCUUUGUCAACCCGUUUACUCCCAACUUCCCAAUGACCGCUUUGGAAAAAGUACUUAAAAGUGGGGCAAAUGGAAUAGAUGCUACUGAAAAUGAAAAGGAAGCCUCACAGAAGAAAAAGGAGGUUAUAAUUAGAGGUGUCCUUUCAAUAACUGUAAUAUCUACCGAAGACUUGCCACCUGUUGAUCUGAUGGGGAAAGCUGAUCCUUAUGUGAGCUUGAAUCCUGUUUGGAAUCAAACUUUUGACUUUGUUGUUGAGGAUGGAUUGCAUGACAUGCUCAUUCUUGAAGUCUAUGACCAUGAUACUUUCGGGAAGGAUUAUAUGGGAAGAUGCAUCUUGGCUCCAGAUCAGUUUGUGAAAGCACUUUGUUCAACUGCAAAUAGUAAAGCUAUGAUGGAGUUGUAUGUGGGGUUGUAUACAAAUAUUGGAUUCCAUGAUUUUGCAAUAAAUUCUCAGAGUCUAACACUUGGAUUUGAGUUGCUGUUUGCAAAGAUGAAGUUAAUAAAAGUACUGUGCAAGAACAUGCUUUGCAAGAUUUUGACCCAAGUGGAUCCUAAGGACAUCAUUGCUUUGGGAGCUACCAGUCAAGGCCACAUGCUACACGACAGCGUCAUUGAUUUUUCCUCUCAGUUUAAUCAAGCUAAUUCAUGCACAACUUUGAGUAAUUAUGGUCAUGGGACAUGCUUGUGGAUGGAAGCAUUAGUUCUUAUAGCCUCAAAUAAACGGAAUUGCGGAAAUCGAGAGAAAAAUGAUGAAAUUUAG